AUACAGACAAUAGGUCUCAAAAUGUCUUCGUUUUCAUAACGUAAAAGUCCUCGUAUCUAUGCUUUCUACAAUGAACCUACGACGUCUUUUUCAAGACUUUAAUCCAAGUAGGUUCCUUCUGUUCUUUAUGCUGUUUAUCUUUUCCAUUCUUCUUGCUCUUCGUCUGGAUGGAGCAAUCCAAUGGAGCUACUGGGCUAUUUUCACGCCAGUAUGGAUAUGGAAAUUCGCUGUAUUUUCUGGUGCUGUUACUGGUUUAUACAUAUGGAUAAAGCGACCAGAGUAUAGGGGUGAAGGAGAAAGCUAUGUUGAGUUCAAGGCCAUGAUAAUCAGUCUUUUCCUUCAUCUCCUGCUAUUUAUCUUUGAAAUCCUUGUGUGUAUAAACCUAAGACACAAGAUGUUUGAAUGGAGGAUAAUGUUUAUGCCAUUAUAUGUCCUGUCAUCAAUUUCCAUAAUUGCUUGUGUCUGGGGUUUUCGUCAUGACAGAUCUGUGGAGCUAGAGACAGUGUUUUCUGUGAAUAUUCUGCAGUUUAUUUUCCUGGCAUUAAAGCUAGACAAUGUUAUUAGAUGGCAAUGGGCAGUUGUCUUUGCCCCCAUGUGGAUAGUUUUAUCUUUGAUGUGUUUACUAGUACUUUAUUAUAUUAUUUGGGCUAUCAUAUUUGUGCGAUCAGCAGUGCUCUUGCCUGAACAGAAACAUGGUCACAUUAUGGUUGCUGUUGCUUCUGUCCUUCUAGUUAUACCAUUAUUAACAUUUCAGAUUAUCCUGAGCAACUGGCUAGAAAGUGAAAAGAAAGAUAUGUUUGUUGGAGUUAUAGCCCCGUUACAGAUAUCACUGUUAAGUCUACUUACAUCGUCAUUUUAUCAUAAAGGUGGCAAUCACUGGUGGUUUGGUAUGAGAAAAAACUUCUGUGAGUUUUUGCUUGCUCUAUGUCCUUGUCUUCAGGAAUACGGAAAUAUCUCUUGUAACUUUCCAGAGAGUAUUUUUGUACACAAACAGGAAGGACAAUCGGGGGACGUUCGUCGUAAACCUGUAGUGCUAGAACAUCAAACUAAACCAGUUGUACCUAUUAUAUGUAUAGAAACACCAGAUUGAAUAUGUAAAUACUAUUUAAAUGUUUUAUGUCACAGAUUUUGUUCUUUCCUCUUAUAAUGUUUCAUGGUAAAAACAUAUGCCUGGCUGGAAACAAGUUGGGAAACAAGUAUAACAUUAAAUUUAUUAAUUUGGACAAAUGUUCAUAUUAAGCAACAAUUUCUUAUUAUUGCUGUCUUAAUUGUAACAUUGUAAAUUCCAUGUGACUAAACUGCAUGAACAUAAUAUUUUUGCUUAUUAGAAUAAAUUUUUCUAUGCAUGAGAUAAAGUUUUUUUAUACAAUGCUUUCUCAUAAUACACUGUGGAAUAUCCCACCUUGUAUAUAUACAUGAGCUUCAUGUCUGUAAACACAAACAAAUAGAAGUGCCUUAUGGGAUAAUCCAUGGUAUGACAUGUGAAACCAUUACCUCCAUAUUUGCUGCUGUAGAUCAAGUGUUUAGUAGAUAGCUAUAAAAUUCUUUACCUGGUUUAUUGUAAAUACAUUUUAAGUGUAAAAAGUUGAAUGUAAAGCUUUGAGGUUGACCUAAGACAAUUUGUACAGCAUGCUUGCUUUUUGUUGACUGCAACACCAAUUGUGACUUUGCAUUUGGUAAAUUAUUCUUGAAUAAAGUAAAGCACAUUAUGUUUCUA